AUAUUAAUUGCAAGCUCAAAAAUUAUUCCUAGAAGUUCAUAUUGGAUAAUAAAGAACUCAUAUUGCAUAUACGAUUAAGCCGUUAUGUGAUAGAGAAUUAGAACCAAUAACUAACGCAAUUAGUUCUUCAAUAAAUGAAAUUAUCGAAUAAUACGAGAAUUUCGCAAUUUCGCCUUCAAUUUGUAUACGUAUUCUGCGCAUAUCUUUCGAUUGUUUAUCAGUGUUAUAAAUACUGAAACAUGUUUUACGAACAAUGGUGAUUAGGCAAAAUAAAAUCGUUACAAUUAGAAUUUCAGUUGUAAAAAAAAAAGAAUUGCCAGUUGAAUAAUUUUUUGUCGACUAUCAGUCAGCAAUAAUUGGCAAGUGAAAACUUGUUCAUACAUUUAAUUAAAAAUCAAUAAUUCAAAGUCGUGCAAAAUGGAUGCUCCCAAAGAGAUGGAGCAAAGUAAUAACAAAUUCAUUGUGAAAUAUCGACAGCAGUACUAUGAUAUAUCCGAAUUUAUGCACAAGCAUCCGGGCGGUAUCAACACCCUCAAGGGACUCAACGAUUCGGAUAUGACAUCACGCUUCAUGAAGGCUCCGCCACAUUCUGAUGCAGCCAUGUACUUAAUGAGGGAAUACAAGGUGGACUCGUCGGAAUAUGAAAGCACCAAAAAAUCACAUUCAAAAAACACAUCUUCAGAGAAUGGCAUUGAAUUGCUGCAACAUCCAAAAGAGUCCGAGGAUACGAAUAAUAAUCAGUUGGAUGAGAGUAUGGAACAUCUAGUGGACUGGUCAAAAGCAAUGCUGCCUCAAAUUAAGAACAUAACAAAAUAUUAUGAUGAGUGGGUGCACAAGCCGGUGGAUAGGCCGCUUCGUUUGUUCGGACCUUGGUACUUGGAAAUGUGUACAAAGACCCCAUGGUGGGUCGUUCCAACUUUUUGGAUACCAGUUAUCGCCGUUUUAGCUGGACUGGAAUUUCAGGCAAAAGCUAAAAGUACAAGUGACGUCGCAAUUUUAUCAGGUUACAUUUUGUUUGGUGUACUCCUUUGGACUUUCCUGGAAUAUGUAUUGCACCGCUGGGUAUUUCAUAUAAAGCUGACUGAAGACAGUGGACCUUGGCUAUGCACUUUUCACUUUAUGAUACAUGGUCUGCACCACAAAGUACCUUUUGACCCUAUGAGGCUUGUUUUUCCACCACUGCCUGGGGUUGUACUUGCCUCUAUUCUGUAUUCUCCAAUUAGUUUAAUUCUGCAAAAUCAUAAUCCCCGAAUAAUUCUAUCGGGUGCCUUACUAGGCUAUUUAUGCUAUGACAUGAUUCAUUACUAUUUGCAUUAUGGCAAUCCAAAGGCAAGCCACCAUUUGUAUGAUAUGAAGCGAUAUCAUUAUCAGCAUCAUUUUGCGCAUCAAGAUCUCGGAUAUGGGAUUAGUAGUCCAUUUUGGGAUAAUGUAUUUAAGACACGUAUCCACUUGCGUAAGUUAAGAUUCCAACUACGGUGGUCGUAGUGGCUAAGUGACAUUUUGCUUUAUAAGAUCAAAUUUGUAAUAUAAGACUAAUUACUAAGAAGACAUUGUUUAUAUAAGUUUAUGCAAUGAGAUAAACAACGGUGAUACCAACCAAAUUCAAAUAAAAUAACA